AAGAAAAGCAAGCAAAGGCAAAAGGGAAAAGGAGGAAAAGAAAGCAAAAGAGCUGAUAAAGUUGCUGGCUGCCAUACAGGAGACAUAUCAUUACCAUAUGAUCUAAUGUCCUGCCCAGAAUCGAUGAACUAAACCAUGAAGCUGGCUCUUUUCUUCGUCCUGCUACUGCCAAGCUGCUUGGCCAAGCCCUUCCACCAGCAAGGCCUCUUUGACUUUAUGCUGGAAGAUGAAGGCUCAGCUGAUUUGCCUUCCACAGACGAUAUGGGCACCUCUGGAUUCGGACCAGUGUGCCCCUUCCGCUGCCAGUGCCAUCUCCGCGUGGUGCAGUGCUCCGACCUAGGUCUGGAAAGAGUCCCUAAAGAUCUCCCUCCUGACACCACUCUGCUGGACUUGCAGAACAACAAAAUCACUGAGAUCAAAGAAGGAGACUUCAAGAACGUGAAGAAUCUUCAUGCUCUGAUCCUUGUCAACAACAAAAUCAGCAAAAUCAGCCCCAUGGCUUUUGCUCCUCUGAAGAAACUGGAAAGGCUUUACCUGUCCAAGAACAACCUGAAGGAACUCCCAGAGAACAUGCCCAAGUCUCUGCAGGAAAUCAGGGCUCAUGAGAACGACAUCUCCAAGCUGAGGAAAGCUGUCUUUAAUGGGCUCAACCAAGUGAUUGUCUUAGAACUGGGCACCAACCCCAUCAAGAGCUCAGGUGUGGAAAACGGAGCUUUCCAGGGCAUGAAGCGGCUCUCCUACAUCCGCAUCGCUGACACCAACAUCACCAGCAUCCCCAAAGGCCUUCCUACAUCUCUCACUGAGCUUCACCUGGAUGGCAACAAAAUCAGCAAAAUUGAUGCUGAAAGUCUGUCUGGCCUCACUAACUUGGCAAAAUUGGGGCUUAGCUUCAACAGCAUCUCCUCAUUUGAAAACGGCUCUCUCAACAACGUUCCUUACCUGAGGGAGCUCCAUCUGAACAACAACGAGCUUCCCAGAGUGCCUGUUGGGCUGGCAGACCACAAAUAUGUCCAGGUGGUCUACCUCCACAACAACAAGAUUGCCUCCAUUGGCAUCAACGACUUCUGCCCCCCAGGCUACAACACCAGGAAGGCCAGCUACUCUGGGGUCAGCCUCUUCAGCAACCCCGUGCAGUACUGGGAGAUCCCACCCUCCGCCUUCCGAUGCAUCCACGAACGCUCCGCAGUACAGAUCGGCAACUACAAAUAGGAGCUGUACAGAUGGAAGGGGAGGGGGCGGGGGAGGGGGUGGGGUGGGUGUGUCGGUUGGUGUUGCAGCUAAAGUGGCUCUUAAUAGGCCUGUUCCAAAGAGAAACGAAUGCCAAAUACCAGCAGCUUCACUUGCCAGCGGAGGCGAAUCCGCUGCCGUAGAGUAAAAGGAAUCGUUGCAGGUGUAGGAGGUCAAGCAUAGCCCCGAAGGGAAAAAGAAUCAACCCAAACCAAAACCAAACCCAACUGCCAACUGUGCUUUAAAGUGACUUAGCUCAGCCUUCUCUUCCAGCAUGCUUUCUGGGGUGUUUUUCAGCCUGCUGAAUGCUACAGGUCUGCCAGAUUCCACUGUAUAUGAGAUUUGGAGUAAAUAUUGGUCAAAGUAUGAUAUAAGGGGGGGAGGGGGAAAAAAAAGAGAGGAAAAGAGAAGUUAAUGAUUGAGGUUAUUUUUAUAGCCACACACACAGAAGAGUAGAGGGCCAAAAAAAGACUCUCAGAUCAUCUUAAGACUUGAGAAGGGGAAGGGUCACCUCCUUCAGAUAUCUUUUGAGCCCUGGAGGUUUAAAAUAUCCACUCUAACACUGAGCUAGUUCUGAAUGCAAUCUAUUUAGCAGAGGCAAAUCAAGCUGUUGCUGAUGGCAUGAUUUUGAGGGAGGAGAAAAAGGAAUUCCUAUGGUGCACAGUAGUUCUUUCAAGUUUGCCAAUCUUCUAGAGCAAUGCAGUUCAGGGCUAGCCUAACCCAAUCCUGUGGAACAAAAGGAGGAGUAGUCUGCAGUACAAAGAUUAAAACCACCCAAACCUGCAA